UCUUCUUCUUCUUCUUCAGCUUGCAGGGUGGGGCGUGGAGACCAUAGACAGAGUCAAGUCAGCUCUUUGGGACCACAUCGGCAUUAACCACAUCAAAGACUUUUCAAACGCGGGGGCUUAUCUUCUCCUUCUUAUUAAGCUAAGAGAUCCAUCAUAUCCUCAUUUCAUAAACAUCUCAAAUUCACCAAUACUUAAUUAAUUAAUAAUGGAUCCUGCACCUGCAAUAUCUGCAUCUGCAUCGGAAUCAGUUGAGUACCAGAAACCCUCCGAGCAAAGCCCCGUCGCAACUGGCGUUCCGGUGCCGGAGCGCCGCCCUCCUCCUCCUCGUCCGCCAAGGCCGCAGGUCCCAUGGUCCACUGGCCUCUGCGAUUGUUUUUCCGACAAGAAGAACUGCUGCUUAACUUGCUGGUGCCCUUGCGUUACAUUCGGGCGUGUCUCCGAGAUCCUCGACAAGGGAACAAGCGCCUGCGGGCAGAACGGAGCGCUGUACGCGCUGAUCGCCUGCGUGACUUGCUGCCCGUGCUUCUACUCGUGCUUCUACAGGUCGAAGAUGAGACAGCAGUACUCCCUCCAUGAAUCCCCCUGCGGGGACUGCCUCGUCCACUGCUGCUGCGGCUGCUGCGCUCUCUGCCAGGAGUACCGGGAGCUCCAGAACCGGGGAUACCAAAUGCCCCUCGGCUGGCAUGGAAACGUCGAGAGGCAGAACCGCGGCACCGUCCCCAUCAUUCAUGCAGGGAUGACCCGAUAGACAGACGACACUUGUACAUGCCUGUGUGCGUGCGUGCAUGUGUUUCUUUAUUUUCCUUAAAGAUCCGCCAUUGUUGUUGUAUGAUAUAUGUUUAGGGUGCUUAGUUACGACGCUUUGGUGCUGAAAUGGAAUCAUAUUGAAAUUGCAAUUGA